CGGGAUUGGUGCAUUUCAAGGCAGCUUUGGUGGGGCCAUCAGAUUCCCGCUUACUUUGUGGAAAUUGAAGGGUCAACCUCACCUUUGGAAGAUAAGGAUGAUUAUUGGGUCAGUGGUCGAUCUGAGGAAGAAGCUCGGCAGAAAGCUGCCAAGAAGUUUAAUGUACCUGUAGAAAAGAUAAAGCUGACACAAGAUCCUGAUGUACUGGAUACCUGGUUCAGCUCAGGCCUGUUUCCAUUCUCAGUGUUCGGUUGGCCCAACCAGACUCGGGAUAUGGAACUGUUCUACCCGAAUUCCCUUCUCGAGACAGGCCACGAUAUCCUCUUCUUUUGGGUUGCAAGAAUGGUUUUCUUUGGGCAGAAAUUAUUGGACAAACUUCCUUUCAAGUUAGGGAAAUGUCCUUACGCAUGGGCGAAUGCUCAUGGACGCAAAAUGAGCAAAUCCUUAGGCAAUAACUUGGAUUUACAAUUAUAUUUAAAAUAUAAUCUUGCAGGAAUAAAUAGCAAACUGAGAAACAGCAACCUGGACCCACUUUAAAAUUUUGAAAAGCCAAGGAGGGGCAAAAGCGAGAAACCUCAAGGAACCCCUGAGUGUGGCAUGAUCCCUUUCGUUUUUGCUCUUUGUGCCUACACGUCAAGGGCGGAUAUCAACCUGGAUGUUAGUGUCAAAGGGUUUAGGAAUUUUUGCAAAAAACUGUAAAGCACCAAAUUUGCACUGAUGAACCUUGGGGAGGAACCCUCCCCAAAGCAGGGCACAGGGAACCGCUUAAGCAUGGUGGACAGGUGGAUGCUACCCCCAGCUUCAGUAGCGGGUGAAAGAGGUAAUGCUGCCUUCAAGGAGUUAAAAUUCCCACGAGCAACCACAGCCCUCUAAAACCUUUGGUGGUACCAGCUGUGUGAUGUGUACUUGGAGUGCCUGAAGCCAGUCAUGUACUCUGAAAACGAGGAUGCAAAGAACUUAAGCCGUAAUGUUUUAUACACAGCUUUGCAUGUUGGAUUGACUCAGAUUUCUCCAUUCAUGCCAUUCUUGUCUGAGGAACUGUUCCCGCUCCCACCACGCACAGCAAAUCAGCCACCAUCAAUCUGUGUCACGUCUUAUCCAGAAUCUGAGGAGUAUGAUAUCUUCUUUGAUGAAAAAGUAGAUGAGAAGUUCAAGUUCGGCCAAAAGGUUAUUGGUGAAGUGAGAUCAGCCAAGGCCAAGUAUGACAUUCCCAACAAAAGAGGAUUGAAUGAAGGGACUCUGCAGUCAGAUAAUGAAGACAACAGAGCCACUCUGGAGUCCUUGAUUCAAGAUAUUGCAACAUUGUCAGUAUCAGAUGUUAUCUCAACUGAGAACCCAAAGGGAUCUGUCCCCACCCCUGUAACAGCAGACACAGUAGCUUGGAUGAAAUUGCAGGUAGGUUUUUUUUUGUUUAAAUGUCAGGAAAAGAUCCAGAAAAGGAUACAAGAUGCAGAGGAGAAGCUGAAGGCUCUUCGGGUUGAAAUGGCAAAGCCAGGGUAUGAAAAGGUGCCUGAGGAAGUCCAAGCAAAAAACACAAAAAAAGUGGAUUUGGAAGCAGAACUGGAGCAGAGUAAAAGGGCGCACACCAAGAUAUUAGCCAUGGAAACUGAGUAGCUGAUAAAUACGUUGUUAAUCACUAUUCACCAUUAGUGA